UCUCGUCCCCAGAAAUUAGGAGGAGGGCCCCAGACCGACCCCCUUCCAGCUCACUCACACUCUCCCUCAGUGAGUCCCUGGCGUCUGUCUUCAGCCUCCCACGGGCACCUCCUCCCAGCCGCACCCUGCCAGCCCCUCCCAGGUGCCUGUGGAGCCGCCAGCUCCCACAGCACCUCCGACCCCAGGCGGCACGACAUGGGGGCUCUAAGGCCCUGGGCCCGGUUCCCACUACUGGUUAUGGCCUACCUGCUGGCCCUGGGGAUUGGGGCUGCUGUGUUUCAGGCCCUGGAGGGGCCGCCAGCCCUCCGGCUCCAGGCCAAACUCAGGACCGAGUUGGCCACUUUCCAGGCAGAAUAUGGGGCCUGCCUGCCACCUGGGGCACUGGAGGAGCUGCUGGGCACCGCCCUGGCGGCCCAGGUACGCGGGGUCUCCAGCUCGGGCGAUGGCUCAGAGGCUGGGAACUGGGAUCUGCCCUCGGCCCUGCUCUUCACUGCCAGCCUCCUCACCACCACGGGUUAUGGCUGCAUGGCCCCGCUGUCGGCGGGCGGAAAGGCCUUCUGCGUGGUCUACGCGGCCCUGGGGCUGCCAGCCUCGUUAGCGCUCCUGGCCGCACUGCGCCGCUGCCUGCUGCCUCUGCUCAGCCGCCCAGGGGCCUGGGUAGCGGCCUACUGGCGGCUGGCCCCGGCCGGGGCCGCGUUGCUACGGGCAGCCGGACUGGGCCUGCUAGUGGCUGGCGCCUUCGUGCUGCUGCCAGCGCUGGUGCUGUGGGGCGUCCAGGGUGACUGCAGCCUGCUGGAGGCCAUCUACUUCUGCUUCAGCUCCCUCAGCACCAUCGGCCUGGGGGACCUGCUGCCGGGUCACGGCCGUGGCCUGCAUCCGGGGCUUUACCACCUGGGCCAGCUCGCACUUCUCGGUUACUUGCUCCUCGGGCUCCUGGCCAUGCUGCUGGCUGUGGAGACCUUCUCAGAGCUGCCACAGGUCCGCGCCGUGGUGAAGUUCUUUGGGUCCAGUGGCCCGCGGACGGCUGAAGACCAAAGCGGCAUCCUAGGCCAAGAUGAACUGGCCCUGAGCACCCUGCCACCCUCGGCCGCAGCCCCGGAACAGACCCCAACUUGCUGAUGGGUGCCAGGUGAUGGAGUUGAGCUCUGUUCAGGUGGACGAGCUUGAGGAGGAAGCCCCCGGUGAUGGGAGGGGAGGGUGUGAUUGUAAGGACCUCAGGCAAUAGUGGUUUGUUUUGUUUUUUAAAGGAAAAAGGCAAUA